AUGGAUUCACCAAUUCAGCGUAUCCAUGCAUCUACUCCACUUUCAUCGGUUCACAGACUUCACAAAUUGAAGAGCUGGUCAUCACAUCAGAGUGAGUAUUUUCAGUUGUGUAAGAGGUUUGCUCCUUCAACAUACUUUACACACACAUGUUUGAUUAUGAAUUUGCAUCUUGAUGCUUCAAUGGAGAUGGCUGGAACCACUUUGGCUGGAAUCACCUUUUCAAGGCUUGUUCGCAGAAGUGCUGACGAAAAAAGGGAAAGGGAGAAAAUUACCCUCGCUUCUGUAUCACCUUCAAUGGAGUCACUUGGAUUCUCACACCUGCUAGAUAAUUUGCGACACCUCAAAUCGGUGGCAGCUGAUUUAUCUGGCAUCGAGAUCUGGAAAAUUGCAAAUUUCUCACAAAGAGUAACCACUCUUGAGGGAUUGCAACCCAACAAAUCAAACGAUCUCACACUGGAGGUUCGUAGGGGUGAAGGCAACUUGUUCAAAGUUUUCUCAAAAAUUACCACACUACCUGCUGCCAGUAACCUGUGCUUACACAGCAAAUCUAUUCCCACUACAGGCUCCCAUUAUGCAGAAAAUGCACCAGUCGCUGAUCAGUCGGAUUCAAUUUGCGACAACCAUAUGACCUCCCAUAGUAAAAAGUUGUUGACAGUCAAAUACACAAAUUUGUCACUUUUACCUCACUUUUGGCAUUUUCGGUCCAAUUUCGCUGCCACAAAAUGGUUCACUUCUAUGAGAUUGUGCAUUGACCAAAUGAUUGAUCACCUGCAUGGAAAUGUAACAAAUAUGAGCGACAAUUUUACUAGGGAGAUGAGAAGGGGAAAGGUUUCAUCUAAACUUCACACAAUCUAUCGCAUUAAAGAUACCAUUCGCCCCAAGGCAUCAUUUCCAAACCACCAACCCGAUGAAGAGGUGCCAAUAAACAUUGAGUGUUUUUUGGCCUUCAUACAUUUUACAACACUGAAAACUACCAUAAAAACUAUUCUGUCAAAUGGCAGUGAUUGCAAGGUGACUCCACAUCAGACGAUGAGAAUGAGUGGUAAUGUCAUCAAAGUAGAUGAACAUAUUAAAACAAAGUUCACUUGUGGGAGGAGAGUAAAAUGUGUUAAAUUACAUGUGAGAACACUUCCUUACUUACGUUUUGAAGAAACUAUCCUGCCUGUUCCACACAGUUCACUGGUUUGUCUCCAAGUUUCUCUCCUCUCCAUUCUUCUUCUACUACCUUUAACAUUACCCAGUGCCAUAUGCUAUGCAAAAGUUUGUGGUUCUUCUUCAACGGCACGUCGAAUGUUCUGA